GCUUUUUGAUGUCUUCUAUAAAUACUCCUAAUUAAUAGUUAUUAAUCAUAUCAUAAUUGAACACUACUAAAUAUUACUCUAAGUUAGACAAUGAGAUCCUUGCUACUCAUUUUUGUCAGCGCUCUUGUGAUCAAUGCUCAAGCCAGAAUUUUAACAGAAAAACACGACCAACUCGAUGAGAUCAGUCGGAAACCGCCGACCGGAGUGGCGGACUACAGCCGCCCCGGGACUCCGCCGCCACCGGCUCCGAAGCCGGGGAAACCGACUCUUAUUGAGAUGAUCACCACCAGAUCAACGGUAAAAAAUUAUGGGAGGGAUGAGCAUGAGCUCGCGCCGCCGAGCCCCAAGGAAGCGCCGCCUACUCACCAAGUAACCGGCGGCGGAGCGGCGGCGGAAGGAAACUAUGGGAAGGAGGGCGGUGAGCUGCCACCGCCGACUCCCCACCACGCACCGCCAGCUCAUGACCAAGUGCCAGCUGGUGGUGGAGCGGCAGCGUCGGGAAAUUAUGGGAAGGAGGGCGGUCGGCUGCCACCACCGACUCCCCACCACGCACCACCAGCUCAUGAUCAAGUGCCAGCUGGUGGUGGAGUGGCGGCGUCGGGAAAUUAUGGGAAGGAGGGCGGUCAGCUGCCACCGCCGACUCCCCACCACGCGCCACCAACUCACCAAGUAAGUGGUGUCGGAGCGGCGGAGAUGGAAAAGACAUGGGCGUUGUUUGAGCUCUCAGCAUCAGCUUAAUUAAUUAGCAGAAAUUAAUUACUAUAUGUAUGUAUAUAGAGAGAGGAGCGUAUAUAUGUUUGUUUAAUUACUAUAUGCUUUUGUUAUGUAAGAUAAAAAAGUUGUAGCCUCAUGAGCUUGUUUCUGCAAUAAAAAGGAAUAUAUUUUUGUU